GUCGACCCGACUGCAUACGGCGGCCGAGAACCUGACUCGAGUCGUCGGGAUUCCUCGAGGCGACAGAAAUACGCAGCACGCGGCCGGAGUCACGGGCGAUUUCGAUUUGCUUUCCCUCGUCGUCUCGUCUCUCCUCCCCUCUGUCGCCGCGGCGGAUCCAAUGGCGCGGUCGCGGGCGAGGCGGCUGCUGCCGGUGCUCACCUUCGUCACGCUCGGAAUGCUCAUAGGCUCACUGCUACAGCUAGUGUUUUUCCGCCGGGUAGACGACCAAUCCCCAGAUUCAGUACAUGUGGAUAAUGAUCAGGAGGCGGCAGUUCUUCGGCUUGGAUACGUGAAGCCUGAAGUUAUCAGCUGGAAGCCUCGAAUAAUUGUUUUCCAUAAUUUUCUUAGUUCAGAGGAAUGUGAUUAUCUACGAGAAAUUGCUAGACCGAGACUUGAGAUUUCUACUGUAGUUGAUGUCGCGACAGGAAAAGGUGUAAAAAGUGAUGUUCGCACAAGUUCUGGGAUGUUUGUGAACUCUGAAGAAAGAAAACGCCCAGUCAUUCAGGCUAUAGAGAAGCGGAUUUCUGUAUUCUCUCAGAUACCAGUAGAAAACGGGGAACUGAUCCAAGUUUUACGGUAUGAACCAAGCCAGUAUUACAGACCACAUCAUGAUUACUUUUCAGAUACUUUCAACCUUAAGCGUGGGGGGCAGCGUGUUGCUACAAUGUUGAUGUAUUUGACCGAUGGUGUUGAAGGCGGUGAAACCCAUUUUCCUCAGGCUGGAGAUGGUGAAUGUAGUUGUGGAGGAACAAUGCUCAAAGGACUAUGUGUUAAGCCAAACAAAGGAGACGCUGUGCUAUUUUGGAGCAUGGGACUUGAUGGUAACACGGACUUGAGCAGCCUUCACAGUGGAUGCCCUGUACUGGAAGGGGAAAAAUGGUCGGCCACGAAAUGGAUGAGGCAAAAGAUGACUUUCUGAUUGCAGAUAGGGCAGAUAUAUAGGGAGGGGAUUCUUUUCUUUGCACCCUGUAGUACAAAUAUACAACAUCUCAGGAAUAAAACGAAGAGUGAAUGAUA